AUACAUACAUACAUUAUACAUUUAUUUAUUUAAUAGCUAGAUACAUUGAGAGCCAUUGCAUAUCACAUGAUACGAAAGUGAGAUAUAUGACCAUGACCUUUAUCAAUUAGCUACUUACGUCCCCCCUUACGUCAAACGGUGUAAAUGGCGUAAAAAAUCGCGAGGUACAUACAUGCAUACACCCGCGCGCCCGCGCACACACAGUCAGAUUAAAAAUCACUCGUCACUUGGCCAGUCUUCGCGCGGCUCUACUUUAACACCGCUUUUUACAUGUCCAGAUCCAGCACUUGGCCACACUUGGCAUAUUCACGCUGCAAGCUGCAACUGUGAACUCUCUCUCUCUGACGAGUUCUUAAAAUUUAAUAUCAUUACAUCGCCACUGUUGUUAUCUACUUACUGCUGUCUUGUGUUGACAUUGUUGACAACAUGAAUACCAGAUUCACCGGAAUAGAAUUAGGACCUCCUAUCGAAGUUUUUGCGUUGCAAAAAGCAUUCGUCGACGAUACUUACGAGAAUAAAGUUAAUCUUACUAUCGGAGCUUAUCGUACUAACGAAGGUAAACCAUGGGUUCUACCAGUUGUAAGAAAGGUAGAAAAGUCACUUGCAGCCGAUGAUUUACAAAAUCAUGAAUAUUUGCCAGUUCUUGGCUUAGAAGCGUUUAGCGAAGCUGCUACGAGUAUGUUAUUAGGUACAACGUCUCCUGUUAUUGCCCAAGGGCGUGCCUUUGGUAUUCAGUCGCUUUCCGGUACUGGAGCACUGCGUGUUGCUGCUGAAUUUUUCAGUCGUAUUCUACAUUACGAUACCUUUUAUUAUAGUAAACCUUCCUGGGAAAAUCACAGACUGGUAUUUACUAAUGGAGGAUUUAAAAAUGCUCGCGAAUAUACAUAUUGGGAUGAAAAGACUCAUAACAUCGAUUUAGAAGGAAUGCUCCGUGAUUUACGAGAUGCUCCAAAAAAUGCUGUAAUUAUUCUACAUUCAUGUGCACAUAAUCCCACUGGAUGCGAUCCAACUCCGGAGCAAUGGACUAAAAUAGCUGAUGUCAUACAGGAAAAACAACUUUUUCCACUAUUCGACAGUGCAUAUCAGGGUUUUGCAAGUGGAGAUUUAGACAAAGAUGCAUAUGCUGUACGAAUGUUUGCCGAACGGGGAAUCGAAUUCAUCUGUACGCAAAGUUUUGCAAAAAAUUUUGGAUUAUACAACGAAAGAGUUGGUAACAUCGUGUUUGUGUUGGCCGAUACGAAGGAGAUAGUUCAAAUUAAAUCACAAUUAACGUUAAUUAUCCGAGGAAUGUAUAGCAAUCCUCCUAAUCACGGUGCUCGAAUUGUUGCGACUGUACUGAGGAAUCCAGAGCUCUUUGAGGAAUGGAAAGAUCAUAUUAGAACAAUGUCUAGUAGAAUUAAACAAAUGAGAGUAGGCUUGCAUCAUAGACUGCUCAACGUAGGUACCCCAGGUAUUUGGGAUCAUAUUAUUCAGCAAAUUGGAAUGUUUUCAUAUACAGGACUCAAUGAGAAACAAGUGCAGCAUCUAAGAGAUCAUUAUCACAUUUAUAUGUUACGCAGUGGGCGUAUCAAUAUGUGCGGACUCAAUGAAAAUAAUUUGGAUUAUGUGGCAAACGCAAUUAAUGAAACGAUAAAGCUGUUUCCAGAAGCACAGAACGACUCAAAUAUAAACUCAACUGGUAACCAGAAUGAGACGGUCGCUGUAAAAACAGAAAUAAAACGAGACAUCGAUCAGGUCUUCGAUGAUACUUACGACGAAAUAGAAGAGAAAUUGAAGCAAAUUUGCGACGGUCACCGCGAAGAGAACAAUAUAUCUAAUAUGGAGGUGGAACUAGAUUCAAUCUCUAGGAAUCGGAAAGGAACUUUAGAGAAACCAGUAAUGCAAAUGCCAUUUCACAAAAGUAUUAAUUAUAAAUAUUCGUCGAGGAAUGAACGUGGAGAGAUGCUUACGGACAAUAGAGAUAAUAUCGAGAUUAUCUUUGGUAGUGAAAGCGGAGAAGACGUUGCACGUGUCCCUAGGUGUACAUUUUACAACAGUGGAACUAAUGACGUUGAUAAGCUGGAUCAACGUACCACCAAUGGCGCGUAUAUUGUUGAUAACAAAGAGAUCGAUGAAACUUGUGGAUACACGGAAGAAGCUUUCAGCAGAGAGAAUGUAUAUGUUGCGUCAAACCUGAAGACCGCUGUAAAGUGUAAACGGAGAACACGAGAUGAAGUUAUGAAAUCUAUAAAAAGGUCAGUUCAAAAUGCAUCUUUCCCGGAUACAAAUUCUAUGAGUAACAGCGAUACUUCGGACAUCGUGGAAGUAGAAAAUGAAGUAAGAAAGGAACUGAAUGUUGUAUCUGAAAUUGCGCAAUACAACGAAGACGAUAUUAUAUCGGAUACGACAAAAUUCACAGUCAAGGUGACGGGUGAUCGCGAAGAUGUAUUUGAUAUUAUGCAAGAUUUAUUUCAAGAUACAAAAGAUUUUACCAUUGAAGAACAUAAACAAGAAGAUAAUACUUAUUUACAGCAAAAAAAUAAUGCACCUGUUACAUCUAUUAUAACAAUAGACGAUUAUCCGAUAGAAAGAACGUCUACGGACAAACGCAACAACGAUAUUUUUCCGCCAAGUAUUGCGCCAAGAGACAAUGAUCAAGUAUCAUUCGUUUUGUCAACUUUAAAAAAUGAUGAAUGUCUGACCACAAGGUUACUGCCACCGCAUAUGGACGAAGAGAAGGGUUUAGACAUAAAUAAUGCCAUUGACAGCGUUAUCGGACACGCGACGACCAAUGUAUAUACUAAUAAAUGUGAAGACAAGAAAUUACAAGAAAAAGUGAAACUGCAAGAGACUGUUAUCGGACAAUUAUCUAAUCAACUCAUUUUGCUUAAGGACUUGGAGAAAAAACUGCAGAAUAAAAAUUUGGUGCUUAAAGCAAGGACGAAGAAAGUAGAAAGAAAGAUGAAUGACGUGAACAAAAGUACGACGGGCACACCAUCUUCAACGAGCAACAAACAAACGGACAUGAGACAAAGGUUGAUUUACGAUUUAUCGAACAGAAUGAGUAAUCUUGAAGAGACGAAUAAAAAUUUAAUGAAAACUAUAACUAUAGAAUGUCAACAAAAAAGGCAGCUGGAGAGCCAAAUCAAACAAAGAGACAAACGAAUAAAAGAGCUCAACUGGAAAUUGGAGAAGGCUUCGAAAUAUCUUGAGCGAGCGGAGAAAAAUACCAACACAUAUAAGAGGAAGAUGUUAAAUAUGCAAACUUUUAUGAGAAGAAAGAAGCUCUUGGACGGGAAUACGAGUAGAUUUCAUGAAAUUAUGAUAGAUAAUAUGAAGGAAGACUAUUCCGAGAGAGUUCUAACAAUGGCGAUAGAAAUUAAAGAAAUCUGCGGUACAAAUGGAUACAACAAGUUGUUAAAUUACGGAUUUCCACUUCCAGCAUUGUCGGUUUUGCAAGCUCUCCCGAGUGACAGGAUCUCCGAUUCCAGUAAAACUAAUAACAAAAUUCGACAAGUGAUCUCUUUAAAACAAAAUACGAACGAAGAAGGCGAUACUCAGCCUAUGGAAAGCGACGUGGAAAUUUAUACCCAGUAUCAUCAUGCGGAAAACGCAACACCGCUUUGCGGAGAAAUCGUGAUGGACAAUACGGAAACUGUAACAGGCACGGUUCAAGAUAUUUUUGAGGAAAGUAAUGACGACGUGGAUGAUUUCAGUACAAAUGAAUUGAAAGAACAUUUUAUUUUACAAUUGAACGCAGUUAUGUAAUGAUGAAUUAAUUGCAUGCAUACAAAAUUACAUAUUAAUAUCUUUUAUCUUCGAAUAUGUAUAAUAGUAAUACAACAACACAACACACAUCAAUAAUGUAUAAGAGGUUUAUGAUUUAUGGAUAUAUCAUUGUGUAUAAUAAUCAUCUCUAAUAUAAAAUGCUAUCAAUACUAUUUAUUGUACAAUGAUGAAUGAUGUCACACGCAUUGUAGCACUGAUGAAUCUUACUUCGGAUGACUUUGUGUCUGAGCAAAUACAUGUACAAAUCUUUUUAAAAGUGCGAAGUAAAACUACA